AGUACCCAUUAAAGGAAAACGUAACAUUCUAGUUACUAGUGCUUUACCUUAUGUAAAUAAUGUCCCACAUUUAGGUAAUAUCAUUGGAAGUGUUUUAAGUGCAGAUAUAUUUGCUAGGUAUUCGCGUGCUCGCAAUUAUAAUAUACUUUAUAUCUGUGGUACAGAUGAAUAUGGUACUGCUACAGAAACGAAAGCUUUAGAAGAGGGAAUUUCUUGUCAGGAACUUUGUGACAAGUAUAAUGUAAUACAUAGUGAUGUUUACAAAUGGUUUGAAAUUGACUUUGAUUAUUUUGGACGAACUACUACACAUCAUCAAACAAAAAUUUCUCAGGAUAUAUUUUUAAAACUUCAUAAAAAUGAUUAUCUUACUAAAGAUACUGUGAUACAAUUAUUUUGCGAAGGAUGUAAACGAUUCCUUGCAGACCGUUUUGUUGAAGGGACUUGUCCAAAUCCAAAAUGCAAAUAUGAGGAUGCACGUGGUGACCAAUGUGAUUCCUGUGGUAAACUUUUGAAUGCUAUUGAUCUUGUUAAUCCAAGGUGUAAAACUGAUGGAAGUAGACCAAUCACAAAAGAAUCAACUCAUAUGUUUUUGGAUUUGGCUGCUUUACAAAAAGACAUCGAAUCUUGGGUGGAAAAGACUUCUAUUGAAGGAAACUGGACUUUAAAUGGUAAAACUAUUACAAAAUCUUGGCUAAAAGAAGGUUUGAGGCAACGUUGUAUCACAAGAGAUCUUAAAUGGGGUACGCCAGUACCUCUUGAAGAAAUGAAAGAUAAAGUAUUCUAUGUAUGGUUUGAUGCUCCUAUUGGAUAUCUUUCUAUUACUGCAAACUAUACUGAAGAGUGGGAAAAAUGGUGGAAAAAUCCCGAAGAGGUUAAAUUAUAUCAAUUCAUGGGCAAAGACAAUGUUCCAUUUCACACAGUUAUUUUUCCUGGCUCUUUACUUGGAACAAAAGAUAAAUGGACAUUAUUACAUCAUAUAAAUACUACUGAGUAUCUUAAUUAUGAAAAUACCAAAUUUUCUAAAUCACGUAAUGUUGGUGUUUUUGGAACUGAUGCAAAAGAUACCGGAAUUCCUGUUUCAGUAUGGCGAUAUUAUUUAAUUAUGAUUCGCCCAGAAACAAGUGAUUCCAUGUUCACUUGGAAAGAAUUCAUUUCCAAAAAUAAUACUGAACUGCUUGCAAAUUUGGGUAAUUUUGUCAACCGUGUUAUUAAAUUUAGUAACUCGAAAUAUACUGGUGUGAUUCCAUCUUAUACUGUGGAUUCAGAGGCUGAACAAGAAUUUAUUAAAAAUAUUAAUUUAUCACUAACGAGUUAUGUUGAGUCACUUGAAGCUGUUAAGUUACGAGCUGGUUUGGAGAUUGCAAUGGAUAUCUCUCGUCAAGGAAAUGGAUUUCUACAAGAUUCUAAAUUUGAUAAUACACUUUUCAAAGAACAUCCAAAUAAGUGUGCAUCAGUGAUUGGUUUAGCUGUAAAUUUAAUCUACCUUUUAUCUGCUUUAUUUUACCCAUAUAUGCCAUCAACCAGUGAAUCAAUUCUGCGUCAAUUAAAUGCUCCCACAAGAAUUAUACCUGACACAUGGACUGGAACUGAUAUUCAACCGGGUCAUAAAUUAGGAAAGGCUGAAUAUCUUUUCAAAAAAAUUGAUGAGAUAAAAGAGCAAGAAUUUCAUUUAAAAUAUGGUGGUGGUUCUAAUAACAAGAGUUAA